GAUGACAGGAUAUUUUACAGCGAGAUAAACAAGCCAAAGGCAGACAUCACGUUUCAAGAAAUCACCGCCUCCCUCACUCGAAUUCCUGACGACGAAAUCUUCCCACCGUGGCCCCAAGCUUUCACUACAACCAAGGCUCCUCAAGAACUCCCUCCAGGCAUUUUCAUCAAACGGCCCCAAGUAGGAAAGUAUGACAUAUUCUUAAAGCAUAAAGUUGUGCAUCUCCUCCGCGAUGGAUUAGCAGAGGAGGCAGAAGUCAUGGAAGUGCUAAGGAACCAACCUCACCCGAAUAUUGUUGGAUAUCAUGGUUGCCAUGUCCGGCGUGGAUAUAUCACUGGACUUGUCCUGGACCGACACCUCUACGACUUGAACAGGUUCCUAAAGAGUGGCCAAACCAUUCAAGAUAAAGAGCUCUUCAUGGAGUCACUGCACUCGGCAAUUUAUCACUUGCACACGCUUGGCUGGGCCCAUAACGACCUUAACCCUUCAAACGUCCUUGUGGCAGAGGACGGUAGACCCAUUCUGAUCGACUUCGGCUCGUCUCGGAGAGUUGGGGAGAAAUUGUCAACUAGCCGUGGUACGAAAGGCUGGACUGAUUGCGAGAUGAAAGACUAUACAACGUCAGAGACACAUCAUGAUACAUUUGCUCUCAACAAAAUCUGUACCUGGUUA